AUGCCUGGACCGUCCAGAUCAUCUAAUGGAAACAGUGAUGCGAAUGAUGAUGAUAAGCUUCUCCAAGAUAUCAUUAAUCCAAGUGAAGUUCCCGAUGAUAAGUUGAUUGAAGAUAUCUUUCGGGAAAGAAAGACAGUACAUGCUGAUGACGCUGUUGAUUAUGAGGAUAUUGAUGAGUUGGCAGAUGAUGAAGACUUACCAGAGGAAGAAGAACCUUCUAAUACCGCUAAUGGGAUUCCUAACUUGGAUGAUCAAUUGAAUGAAGAAGUACAGGAAGAAGAAUUACAAGAACAAGCCAAUGCUGAGUUUGAUGAUAUGUUUGGUAAUGGAGAUGAUGUGUUCGAUAAUGAUAACAAUGGAAUGAAUAAUAACUUAUUUAAUGAUUUGGGGCAUGAUAAUCAUUUCAUGAAUGAUGAUGAUGGAUUGAAAGAUUUAGACAUGGGUGAAAUAUUUGAAGAGAAUAUCAUUCCAGCGCCAGAAUCAAAAAAACGUAAUCUAAUCCAGGAUAAUGAACGAUUGAAGAAGAAGCGGAAAUUACAAAGAAUAGUAAAACGUUUGGAAGUCAAACAUGAAAGGAGGAAUAUAGCAUAUCAUUUUCCAACAUAUUCAAGGCAUAAACCAUUUAAUUAUCAUUUAUUAUUUCAACCCGAACCAAAAUAUUAUAGAUAUCAUCGUCCACCAUUAACCUUUAAGAAAACUGUUAAACCAUUAAUGCCAAAUAAAAUCAACUUGGAAAUGGAUUUUGAUCUGAAGAGAUUGUUUAAAUCAAAUAAACCUAUUCCAAAUAAUAUUCCAUCUUCAUCAAAUAGAGGAAUUGUACAUAUAAAUCAAACUGAUAUUGAUUUCAUCAAAGCAUUGAACUAUAAGAGAACUCAGAAAGAAACAUUCCUAAGGAAUGAACCAUUCUUAGAUAAAGAUUGGAGCAGUAGUGAUAAAUUUACUGAUUUUUCAAAGGAUUUAAUACUUGCAACUGCUGAUUGGGAUGAUGAUGCCAUUAUAAAUGCUGGUGAUGAAGAUAAAGUUAAAAAGAUAAUACCUAAUAUGGAUACUAAUAUGUUAGAUUUACCAUCUGAUGAGGAUGAUGAAUAUAUAUUCAAUGGUCAAUUGAAUGAUGAUGUUAUCAAGCUUGAUAUGAAUGACCCAAAUCUUUUAUUCAUACCUCAGCAACAGAAGUCCUUAUCAAAAGCAUUUAUUCCAACCAAUGAGAAAUUAAUGGAUUUGAAAUUCAAUAUAUCAAACGAUAAAGCAUAUGAAAUCCUUAAGGAUAACUAUAAUACCAAGGUCAGAAGUCAAUUAAGUAAUCUUAAUAUCGAACAUUCUGUUCCCGCCUUGCGUCUUCAAGGUCCUUACUAUAAAGUUAAGUUGACAAAACAAGAAGCUCGUUCAUUUCACAGACCACAAUUCAUUAUACGUCCUGGUUCAUUACUUAGUUUUUCUAAGGUUAAACAACGUAAGAAGAAGAAGGAUAAAGGUAGGUCAUUAAAAGAGAUAUUUUCCAAAACUUCUGAUUUAACAGCUACUGAUAGUGCUCCAAUAUUUGGUUUAGAAUAUUCUGAAGAAUAUCCAGCAAUAUUAUCAAACUUUGGUAUGGGUUCUAAAAUUAUUAAUUAUUAUCGUAAAGAAAGAGAGGAUGAUUCAUCAAGACCCAAAACUCUGGUUGGUGAAACACAUGUUUUAGGUGUUGAAGAUAGAUCUCCAUUCUGGAACUAUGGUGAAGUUGCUCCUGGUGAUUUUGUACCUACCUUAUAUAAUAACAUGGUAAGGGCUCCAAUUUUUAAACAUGAAGCCAAAAGUACUGAUUUCUUAUUGGUUAGAUCACAAGGAGCUGGUUCUCAUCAACGAUAUUUCUUAAGAGCUAUUAAUAAUGUAUUUGCUGUUGGUAAUAUUUUCCCAGUGAUUGAAGUACCAGCCCCUCAUUCCAGAAAGGUAACAAACACUUCUAAGAAUAGAUUGAAAAUGGUUGUAUUUAGAGUGAUGAAUAAUCUUGGAAAUGCCCGUAUAUCGGUUAAAGAUGUUUCCAAACAUUUCCCCGAUCAAAAUGAUAUGCAGAAUAGACAAAGAUUAAAAGAGUUUAUGGAAUAUCAAAGACAGGGGGAUGAUCAAGGGUUCUGGAAAAUUAGAAAUAGUGAUACUGUCCCCAACGAAGAUGAAAUAAGAGCUAUGAUAACGCCAGAAGAUUCUUCUUUACUUGAUAGUAUGCAAUUUGGUCAGCAAUUAUUAGAUGAUAUAGCCAUGAUUUAUGAUCCAGAUGCUGAAAUUGAUAUUGAUGAAGAAUUAUCACCUUGGAAUAUAACUAAGAACUUUUUGGGAUCUACUCUGGCUAAAUUCAUGCUUCAACUUAAUGGUGAAGGUGAUCCUUCUGGUAUUGGGUUGGGUUACUCAUUAUUAAGAUCGACGCAGAAGAACGGUUUCAAACCAAUGUUCCCACCUCCAAAAGAAAAAAUCCCUAAAGUUAAUACAGCUGCAUAUCAACAAAAAUUAUAUGAAGCAGAAGUUAAAAGAAUUUGGUAUUCUCAAAGAAGUUCUUUAGUUGAUCAUGGAUCAGAUUUCAAUCUUCAAACCAUUUAUGAUGAAUACACGCCAGCUAAUCAUGAAAAAUACAUCAAGAAUGUGGUUAAAGAAGAAAAGAAAUUAGCUGAAGCUAAUAAAGAGCAGGUUAAUAACAUUGGUGAUAAAGUAUUAAGAAUCACAAGAAGAGUUUGGGAUGAAAACGGUAUAGUGCAAAGAAAAGUUGAAACAAUUUCAGAUCCUCGCUUAAUUAAUGCUUAUAUUAAACGAAAGAAACAACUUGAAGAUGAAUUAUUAAAGAAUGCUGAUGUUACUGAAAUCUUACCAACCAAUGAUAAAGAAUUAAAUAAAGUUAGACGUAAAGCUUUAUUGGAUAUGUUAGCCAAUGUUGAAAAGAGAGCUAAACAAAGUAGAGCUAAGAAACCACCUAAAGAUUCCAUUCAUGCAGCCGCUGCUGCCGGUGGUACUAUUAUUGAUGCUAAUACUGUGUUGUUACCAGAUGGUUCAUAUGCUAUAGGUGGUAAAGGUAUUGGUAAAGGUAAGAGUACUACGAGAAGAUGUAAAUCUUGUGGUUCAUUUGGACAUAUUAGAACUAAUAAAUCUUGUCCAUUAUAUGCAGCUACUGGUGAUGGUACUAUUCCGGUUAAAAGAGAUGAACAUGGAAAUAUAACUGAACCUUUAGCAGCUGUUGAAGCUAUGGCCAAACUUAAGGCCAAUGGGAAUGUCAAUGGAAAUGGAAUUCUUAGUAGUAGUGCGGGUUCUAAAGAACCAAGUUCAGAUGAUAGUAGAAGUAACAUGGAAUUGGACUCUUCCAUAUCUACAGCUGAUUAA